AUGGGCAAACCACGCAAGCAACCUCACGUUCCCCGGCCCUCACCGUUAAAACAGGUACACCUCACCCGUCCUAUCUCGCAAGCUCCUCUAUCUUCUGGAUUGGUUAGGGAUCCUAUGUUCUGGAAACGCUUCUCGGUGGCGGUUCAUGAGGCCGAAGUGGGCGAUCUGGAGAGCGGACGGAGUGCAUCUACGAGCACAAUUGAAAUGAAGAAAACUGGCGAGCGAGAGCAAGAAAACGAUUGGCUGGCGCAACAACACAAGGAGAAGCGACGAUGUCGAAUUACCUGCCUAAUCAUCACCCUCCUGGUGGCUAUCCUGAUCACUGGCGGGGCUGUUGUCGGAUGGUGGUUCACUCAGGGUCCAGGAAGUUAG